AUGUCGUGCUCCAUGUCUGACUGCCGGCCACAGUCGCCCCAGGUAUCGCUCGCCGGAGCUGCAUCUGCUGGCAAUUUAGGUCUGCCCCAGUCAGCUGUUGCGACCGGCCAGACUCUCGCGGAAACCACUUCGCCGCGCGCGGUUCUGUCUCGGCUCCCGUCGCCUCGGCCAUCAAGAUCGAGCUCGCCCGCUGGCGCGGAUGCUGGCAUCUCGGGAAUUCCUGGGGCGAUAGAGCAGGUGUCUUCUCCUCCGCCUUCGUCGCCUCCUGCGCUGCCGACACUGCACGAAUGUCCGCUCGGUCCGCACAAGCCGCUCACGACCGAGCCCGAGCCAGGAAAGUGCCUCCGCGCGAAUCCAUUCCAGCAGCAUUCAGGAAUCGUUCCUGAGUCCAUGGCAUCGCUGCGUGGCCCCACGAUCACCAAGACGACUCUCAAACCUGGAUUGGCUCGAUUGAGGCCCUCAUCGCCCCCACAAUUGCUUGAGCCACCCGAAAAUCCGUGCAAGGAGGCUCCUCUGCCUGUUGCCCCAAGUGCCGAGGCCGUGGGAGCCGCCUUUAGCUCACCAUCGAGCCUGCCACCGACCCAAAAGAUUGGAGGUAUCCGAAUCGAAUAUCGAAGGAAGAGAGCCGCACCGCUGGUUGAAGAGUCAGAGAAGAGCGCGAAGAAAGUACACUUGUUUUCAGCAUUCCGGCUCGAGAGUCCGGCGACCACUGAAGGCCCGAAUGCCCACCGUCCGCCACCAGACUCCCGCAGCAGUUCGGAUGAGCCCAUCAGGACUCUAUCC